AUGGCGCUUAACCACCCCUUUGACCCCCUCACUCCGAGGGAGAUCACCCAGGCAGCAGAUAUUGUUCGCAACGCGCUACACGGUCAUGCGCUUGACUUCCGCGUCAUCACCCUCAAAGAACCACGGAAGCAAGAGAUGCUCGCUUUCCUGGAGCGCGAGCGCCAUGAGAAGAUGCCAGCUCAGCGACCGCCCCGCGAGGCUUGGGUCCAGAUCACUGUCAAGGGAGCUUCCGGAACGACUGAUUUCUAUGAGAUGGUCGUGGACCUGGAUUCAGCAGCCGUCACGCGUCAAGACCACCUGGUUGGCAAGCAUCCUUAUAUCGACUCCGCGUAUAUGCAAGCGGUUGAAAAGGCCUGUCGCUCGGAUCCACGCAUCGAGGCGGAGAUACAAAAACUCAAGCUUCCCGCCGGUGCUACCGUGGUCGUUGAGCCGUGGGCCUAUGCGACUGACGGCGUCAAUGAUAUGAGCGAACGAACUAGCAUGUGUUGGUUCUACAUGCGACUGCUGGAUCAUCUCGAUGCCAACUAUUAUGCCUAUCCUCUGGAUCUCUGCGCCGAAGUGUCCGAGAACUUGGAGGUCACGAAGAUAUACUAUCUUCCUUCGGCUGCAAACGACACAGUCUCGGAAAACGCACGGCCGUACGAUCACAACAAGGUCCACGCGACUGAGCUGAGCGAAUACUAUCCCAGUCUGCGGCCACCGCCACGCACGACCACGAAACCGUAUCAGGUCAUUCAGCCCGAGGGGCCAUCGUUUCAGAUCGAGGGCAACCUGCUGAGUUGGGAGAAGUGGACCAUGCGUGUGGGCUUCAAUUACCGCGAGGGAUUGACGCUUCACAACAUCCGGUACGAGGACCGCAGCCUCUUCUACCGGCUUUCGCUCGCAGAGAUGUUCGUUCCGUACGGAGACCCUCGCUCGCCAUACCCCCGAAAGGGAGCCUUCGAUCUGGGGAACGACGGGGCUGGAAUCAACGCCAACAACCUUAGACUAGGCUGUGACUGCCUGGGUUUGAUCAAGUAUUUCGAUGGCUGGCACACGACGAAAUCGGGCGAACCACUGAAGCUGCCCAAUGCCGUCUGCUGCCACGAGCAGGACGACGGCAUUCUCUGGAAGCACACAAACCAUCGCACCCAGAACGCCGCUGUCACGAGAUCGCGUAUCCUAGUCCUUCAGACCAUCAUCACUGUCAGCAACUACGAGUACAUUUUUGCGUUCCACUUCGGACAAGACGCGUCCAUUCACUACGAAGUCCGCGCCACGGGGAUCCUGUCGACGGCCCCAAUCAACGUCGGCGACAAAGUAGACUACGGAACCGUCGUUGCCCCCGGCGUGCUCGCGCCGUACCACCAGCACUUAUUCUCCCUGCGCAUCGACCCCGCCAUCGACGGUCCCGCAAAUUCGCUCCAGGUCGAAGAGUCUCACGCGAUGCCAAUCAAUGACCCAACCAUCCACAACCCAUUCGGCGUGGGCUACCACACUAAAUCGGACAUUGUGGCCACGGAAUCCGGCCUCGAUCUCGACUUCACCACCAACCGCACGUUCAAGAUUAUCAACGAGAACCAGAUGAACCCGAUCACCGGUACCCCGGUGGGCUUCAAGCUUCUCCCGUGCUAUAGCCAGAUGCUCCUCGCCCAUCCCCAGUCGUACCAUGCCAAGCGGUCCGAAUUUGGAAGCCACGCUGUCUGGGUUACACGAUACAAGGACGAUGAGCUCUACCCGGCGGGCAGGCAUACCAUGCAGUCGCUUGGCGGUGAGGGGAUUGCAUCUGUCAUUCAGCAACGGAAGGCUGCGUCGCAAGGAGAUACUAAUGUGCGGAAUGAGGAUAUUGUGGUCUGGCAUACGUUUGGGUCAACUCACAACCCGCGUAUCGAGGACUGGCCUGUGAUGCCUUCGGAGAAAAUGAUUGUCGGGUUGAAGCCUGUCAAUUUCUUCUCUGGGAAUCCCGGGCUGGACGUGGCGGUGUCUACUCAGGAGAACAACAAGAGUGUCCUGUUUCAGGGGGGGUUCUGCGGCCGGUUCCAAACUUUGAGAGGAGUGGAAUCUAUAAUAGGUGUAGACUAG